CUCUCAGUAGGGAUGUGCGCGCAUCGCAAAGAGGUCCAUGCCACCGGAGGUCUCUUGCGCUCCCUCUGAGAAGAAAGAGGAGCAGGAGGGAGGAAGGAGGAAGGCAACCAGGAAAUAAAGAGGGAGGGAGGGAGGAAAAAAAGGGGGGGAGCCAUUUAUUUUUUCCCCCUCCUGCGAAACAGCCAGCCCAAGCCUUCAGCUGCUUGCUCGUCUCCAGGAGACCAGCUUCGACUCUGAUUUUUCCUCUCUCCCUCUCCUUUCUUUCUUUCUUUCUUCUCCUCCCCCCACCCCUCUUCCUCCCCCCACCCCCUUUUUCCUGACGGCCACCCCCCCGAGGAAUGAUGAAAAAAACCAAUUCUACCAAGCGGGUGAGUUUGCAGCCCGCUUUCUGAAGACCCACCAAAAGCAGAAGGGUCAUUGUCCAGUUUCUGUGAGGUCGGAGGGGCGCGCGGUGGGGAGGGGGGAAGCUGGGGUGUCAGAGCCUGCGCUUUUUCUGGAUUAUUGAUUAUUUGGUUGCUGCUGUUGUAAAUAUCGUUUCGAUGCCCUUCGAUUCGGCCCCCUUCCUCCAACAAUUCAAUUGCCUCCUAUCUCUCCCCAGUAGCCCCCAAUAGCUGGGUCCUUUAAACUGGUACAGAAGCUGGAUUGUCAAGUGUUUAUUAUUAAAACUGUGGGUUUGGGGGUGGGUGGUGUUUUGUUUUCGUUUGGUUUUUUGCAUUAAUUCUGGGAGUAUUCGAAACAACAGGGAAACCCACCACCCUUACAGAAACAACGCAUGGUGCCUAUUCUCCAGAUUUAAGACUGUUUACCGUGGUUAGAAAGGCGGAGGGGGGGGGAGAUCCAUUUGAAAACAUCCAAUUCUGUAGCCCCACAUUUGCUCUUAGAAACGGGGCCUCGUGCGAAUAUUAUCAUUAUUAGGACCGCUAAUAUUAUGUUGUUAUGCUGCGCGUUUUCAAAGGGUGAGAAAGCAGGGAAAACACGAAAAUUGUGAUGAUUAUUUUUUAAGGAAAAAAGGUGAAACGCAGAGUGGGCAGGGGAACAGAUUGACACAGUCUGUUUCCUUACAUAAUGGAUGUGGAGGCGGUGUGGGGUGGUGGUGGGGUGCCAGAGGGUUUUUAAAAAAAUUGUUUAUUGAUUUGUGCAUCAUCAUCAUGUCUCUCACACACAGAGAGAGAGAGGAACCGUUAGAAUUGGGAUUGUUUUGUUAGUUUAAUAAUAAUAAUAAUAAUAAUAAUAAUAACUGCACACUUUCAAGGGAGGACGGUGGCUCGGAAAAGAUUGCCAGCGGACUCUGCAGCAAUAGAGGGGCCCUAUCCUGCAGUCUCCGGGAAAGAAGGAUGCAGGUUGGAGAGGCUUGAAAUAAAAGACAUUCCAUCACAGUUUCCAAUUCUCUCUCUUUUUCUCUCUCUCUGGCUUCUCUUUCCAGGGUCACCAGGAUGGGAACCAGCAACCCACUCUGCUGGAGAAGGUGGGCUGGGUCCGGAAAUUCUGUGGCAGAGGCAUUUUCCGGGAGAUCUGGAAAAACCGCUACGUGGUUCUGAAAGGGGACCAGCUGUACAUCUCAGAGAAGGAGGUAGGAUCUCUCUCUCUCUCUUGGAAUCUCCUUGGAGGGCAGCCCUGCUCCCCCACCCCAGAGAGAGAUGGCAACCGUUUCCCACGCCCCCCACCCUCAGAGCCGGAGCUCCAAAACAGGAAAUUGGGGGGGAGGAGGGAGGAGAGACCACUGGCCUUGCCUGAGACCUAGAUUUUGCAAGUUGAAAAGGGGCAGCAAUUUUUGAAGUUCGUGGAAGUGCGGCAAGCGCUAUAGGGCUGCCCCCAAAGGACACAGGCCCAGGGCCCUUGUGGGAAUGUGGCGGCUCGUUCCCAGGAUGUGGGGUCAAAGGUGAUUAAUGUUGAGAGGGGUCAGUUGCUUGCCAGCAGCUGCAAGCAAGCAAAGGAGCCAACUCCUAGGGGCCGAGACCCCUUUGCCCCCCCAAUAAAUAUUUGAGGGGGCUGCCCCCUAAGUGGAUGGGAAUUGCCAUUCAAAUGGUGUGCAUGUAAUGUGUCUUGGAAUUGAUUAUGUGGGGCUUACCUGCCCCCCCAAUGAUUUAUUCAGGUUGGCACGCCUGGCGGCAGGGAAAGAGGUUCAAAAGCCCUUUGGUGUCUUCACAGCUGUUGGGGAGUGGGGACGGGUGGUCUCCUGGCUGAGGGACCCAGCACUCGCUUUUCACGCAGAAGGGUUCAUUCCCGGCAUCUCCCGGUCAGGCUGGGAAGGUCCGGAACCUGGGAGAGGUGCUGCCUGUCAGUACAGACAAUACUUAGCUUAAUGGACACAGAUGGUCAGCGUAAGACAGCUUACAGAGGGCCGCAGCUGAGGCCGGGAACAUUUGCCCUCCAUGCAGAAAGUCGCAGGUUCAAUCUCCAGGUGGACCCCCAUCUCAAAACCCUGGAGCUGCCAGUCAGAGUAGACAAUACUGAGAUAGAAGGACCAACGGCCUCACUUGUAUUAAUAUGGCUUUUUAGGUUCUUCCAUUAACCGGCCCUUUAUUCAGAUCCAUGAGGACUAGCGCCCUGCUUUCUUCUUAGAGAAGAAAUGCAGGAGGUCCCAGACUCAGUGCCCAGGAAGAGAGCCGCUGCCUGUCAGUGUGGGCAGUACUGAGCUAGAUAGACUGAUGGCUUGACUUCUGGAAUGGCAAGUUCCUGCCUUCUUAUUCGCUAGUCCUUCCUUUGUGUUCCUGAGGACUAGAAUCUUGCUUUGAUUUAAAGGGAAGGCCGGUGGCUCUGCAGCUCAGCACUUGAUGUGCGUUCCUGUGAUGGUGCUCCCCUGGCUACUUGGCCAGAGCAAUGUGCGCCAUUAUGGGUUUUACAUCCCGGGUGUCGGGAACAUUGUUUGCCAGAGUUCGGUGGCGAAGGCUCUACGUUCAGUCCCUGCUGGCAGCAUCUCUGGGUAGGGAUGGGAGAGGCCCUGAGGCCCUGGAGAGUUGCUGCCAGUCUGUGUAGACAAUACUGAACCAGAUGGACCAGAGGUCUGACAGCUUCCUGUAUUCCUGUAGAGUUCUGCAUUGUCAGCCAACCUUUCCUGAAAAUUUGCAUCUCGAUUUCGAGGCUUGCUUCCUCCUGUGACAUCCUUUCCUGCUUGCCAGGCCGGCUGUGAGACAAAGGGCAGGUUAAAUGCAAAGUCGUGUGACACAUCGCAGGCCCCCCAAGUGGAAAUCUCUCCCUUAGCCUUGUUAAAACCUUCAUCCUUUGCAGACGAUUAACCUGGCUGCAUUGGCGUCGAUGUGCCUGACGCUCUUACCUGUGCCCUCUUAUUUCCACCAUCGCCGUGACCCUUUGCAAAAUAAAAAAAAUCCUGGGGCUAAAGAAAUUAUUCCAUAAAAUUUAUGCGCCGCUCGAUUGCGGGGGGAAACAAAUCUCACAGGUUGUCGAGAAGAACUAGCAACAGUUUAAGACUUUUGAAAAGUUAAAAUAGCAGUAGAGUAAAAACAGGAUUAAAACUCACACCAGCUGGAUAUUGUUUUAGAUUCUUUGUCUAAUCAAAAAUGCGUUCAGCAGGUGUGUGCAAAAAAAAGAGACCUGCUAUCAAUAGGCAGGGAGUUCCACAGUGCAUGUCCUUAUUUAUUAUUUCCAAAGAAAUUGCUUGGAAGUUGCACUCAGAGCUCCUAAUUUUCAGGUGGACAGGAAACGGCAGCAAUUUCUCGGUGGUGAGAGACAAAAAAAGCACUUUGCACGCAGCUGGGGACUAAGAGGGUCUCGUUUCUAAUAAGAGGUGAUGUGGUUUAAACCUAUUUUGCACAUCCGGCCUUCUGGCCUGACUCUUUGUGACCCUCAGUUUGUCAUAGCAGCAGGAAGCCUAACUUAUAUGCAUUUGUUCUUCCUUCUUUUUUCACUUUGAGGUGUGUGGGGGUUUUUUUUGUAGCAUCGUGCAGGGCAGAUGGUGCUUUUUCCACUUGUGUGAAAAGGUCGGGUCCCUGCCCCCAUCAGCUUGCAUUCAGAAUUAAGAGGUCGGGGUUAGGAUGGGCAGGAUAGCAGCAAGAGAAGAACCCAGGGAUGGGGGCUGCGAAUGGAUGUAAACAGACACCGGGUCACCUGGGGGGUGAUGCCUUAAAGCAGGGAGAGUUCCUAGUCCCUAUGACUGGAGAGAGAUUUCUGCGGAAAGAUUUCUGCAGUCCACGUGGGUUGCAAAGAAGGUUUGAAAUUAGUCCUGUGUGAGGACCUGUUUUUGUAAACCUGCUUUUCCCACACUUAUGGUCAGAUAGGAUUUGUUCCUCAGGAAGCCCUGGGAACCUGAAAUCUUUGGGGUGGGUGGGGAGUUAAUGGGACACCCCAUUGCACCAUCCCGCCAAUGUCUAUCGUAUUCCUGGCUUUACACAAUCUUGGGAAGGGAAGGGAAGAGCGAGUUGGUGUUUCCAUGUCCUCAGUUCCCGAGACAAACAGAAAAGUGGACUGCCCCUAAGGCAGGGCUGAGGAAUCGAGCAACCUUCAUAAUAAUAAUAAUAAUUUAUUAUUUGUACCGCGCCCACUCUGGGCGGCUUCCACAGAGACCAAAAAUACACAAAAAUGUCACACAUUAAAAACUUCCCUAAACAGGGGUGCCUUAAGAUGUCUUCUGUGUGUCAGGUAGUUGUUAUUGCUUUGACAUCUGAUGGGAGGGCGUUCCACAGGGCGGGCGCCACCACCGAGAAGGCCCUCUGUCUGGUUCCCUGUAGCUUUGCUUCUCGCAAUGAGGGAACCGCCAGAAGGCCCUCGGAGCUGGACCUCAGCGUCCGGGCAGAACGAUGGGGGUGGAGACGCUCCUUCAGGUAUACUGGGCCGAGGCCGUUUAUAGAGACUCAUAGAGUCGGAAAGGACCCUUGCAAUGCAAUCCAGAUCUUUCUGGACCCUGACUCCUGUCCAUUGGUUGUGCUGGGAGAUGGAGCCCAGCAACGAUUCCCUUCCUGCACUUCCCAGCCACUGGUAUUCAGAAUCAUUGCCGCCUUCAGUUGUGGGGGCAGAGCGUAGCCACUGAUAGAGCCUUCCCUUCCUCCACGAAUCUUCCUCUUUUAAAGCCAUCCAAGCUGGUGGCCAUCACUGCAUCCUGUGGCAGUGAGUUCCACAUAUCACCGGUCUUGAAAGACCUACAUUGGCUCCCAGUAUGUUUCCGAGCACAAUUCAAAGUGUUGGUGUUGACCUUGAAAGCCCUAAACGGCCUCAAAGGCCCAGAAUACCUGAAGGAGCUUCUUCACCCCCAUCGUUCCACCCAACAUUGAGGUCCAGCUCCGAGGGCCUUCUGGUGGAUCCCUCACUGCAAAAAGCCAAGUUACAGGGAACCAGGCAGAGGGCCUCCUUGGUGGUGGCGCCUGCCCUGUGGAAUGCCCUCCCAUCAGAUGAUAAGAUGGUAGUUUAUGCAGUUUGUGAAGGUUGCUGAGAACUGUAGCUCCUGUAGCACAAACAAGGCACCCCUGUUUAGGGAAGUUCAGAGAUAAACAACUACCAGACUUUUAGAAGGCAUCUGAAGGCAGCCCUGUUUAGGGAAGCUUUUAAAGUUUGAUGUAUUGCAGUAUUUUAAUAUUUUUUUGGAAGCCGUCCAGAGUGGCUGGGGAAGCCCAGCCAGAUGGGUGGGGUCUAAAUAAUAUAUUUUUAUUAUUGUUAUUAUUAUUAUUAUUAUUAUUAUUAUUAUUCCACAGUUCAACAGAAGAAGGACUUGGUUUUGCCUGUCCUGAAACAUCCUUGUUAGAUCCCUCCCCCCCAAAUUCCAGCAUUAUGGGAGAGGGAAGGGAAACUUUUCUCAGCAUAACUUGGUCAACUUCUUUCACGUCUCUGCUUACUCACUUUUCCUGUAAACCCAAAAGUUCCCCCCAAAGGCUUUUCGCAGGAAGAGGGUUCUCUGAAACAGGCUUUCAGAAGAGCGGGCGUUUUAAUUACCAUGAAACUGACCGGGCGCUUUGGUGGCAGGAAACUAAGGCAUUAGAAAUGCAGAGAGGUGAUUAGGCAGAAAGGCAGAGAACGGGGUGAUCUGGUUACGGAGACACCCGAUCUCCAGGGUGGGUGGGUGGCUCGCUCGAUGGGUAGGCGGGCGCAGGUGGGGGCGAAGGGCUUGGAGGAAGGGGCUCGUUCGAGAUCCGCCGUGCCUUAAGGCUGCGUUGCACGCCGUGCAAUUUAAAGGCGCCCCGGCGCCACCAAAGACUCAUGGGAACUGUAGUUUACCCCUCAUGGAGCUACAGUUCCCAGCAACCUUCACAAACUGCAGCUGCCAGGAUUCUUUGGGGGGGAAUCAUUUGCUAUCCUAGAAUUCGAAGGGACUGCCAAGGAUCAACUAGAUCAGCGGUUCUCAACCUGUGGGUCCCCAGAUGUUGUUGAGCUACAACUCCCAUCACCCCUAGCUAGCAAGGCCAGAGCUCAGGGAUGAUGGGAGUUGUAGUCCAACAACAUCUGGGGACCCACAGGUUGAGAACCGCUGAUCUAGAUCAACCCCCUGCAAUGCCCUCAAGAAUCCCUGGCAGAUGGGCAUCCAAAUUUUGCUUAUAAACCUUCCAUGAAGGAGAGUCCAUAGCCUUCCGAGGGAGUCUGUUCCACCCUCAAACAGCUCUUACCAUCAGAAACGGUUACCUAAUGUGUUUUGUUGGGAUCUGCUUUCUUGUAAUUUGAAUCGGUUGGUUCGGGUUCUACCCUCCAGAGCAGAAGAAAACAAGCUUGCUCCAUCCUCUGGGUGUCAGCUUUGAUAUUUGAAGACAGCUGUCAUAUCUCCUCUCAGUCUCCUAUUAUUCGAGCUAAACAUUCCCAACUCCCUCAUCCAUCCCUCAUCUGGCUUGGUUAAUAAUAAUAAUAAUACAGUCAUACUUCGGGGGUUAUAGAUGCUUCGGGUUGUGCGAUUUCGGGUUGCGCACCGCGCCGAACCUGGAAGUACCGGAAAAGGUUGCUUUUGGCGCUUGCGCAUGCGCAGAAGCGCCGAAUCGCAACCCACGCAUGUGCAGAUGUGGCGCUGCGGGUUGCAGACACUGCGGGUUGUGAACGUGCUUCCCGCAUGGAUCACGUUUGCAACCCGAGCGUCCACUGUAGUAGUAAUAAUAAUAAUAAUAAUAAUAAUUAUAAUUAUUAUUAUUUUUAUUGGCUCAGGGCAGAUCGCACCAAAUAUAUAAUACAUUAAAAACACAAAAUCAAACCAUUAGUUUAAAAUACAAUUCAAUUUAAAUACAAUACAAUUUAAAAUAAAAUUAAAUGGGAACCCACGAAUCAUAACCGUAGGGGUAAGGAAUUAAAAGUGCAUCAGGCCCAGCCAUUCAUGCUGGUCCCAUAUGGGUCGAUAGAAAUAGCCAAAGAGGCCACUUACAUAGUGUCCCAUAGAAAGAAGGGGGUCAGACUGAACCCCGAGCAAAGGCCUGGCGGAACAGCUCUGUCUUGCAGGCCCUGCGGAAAGAUGUCAAAUCCUGCAGGGCCCUGGUUUCUUGUGACAGAGCGUUCCACCAGACCGGGGCCAGGGCUCAAAAGGCCCUGGCCCUGGUCGAGGCCAGUCUAACCUCCUUGAGGACCUCCAAAGUAUUAUUGUUUGUGGACCGUAAGGUUCUCUGCGGGGCGUACCAGGAGAGGCGGUCCCGGAAGGCAGGGCAACCGAUGUUCUCUCCCAGUCACUGAGCUGCCAUUACACCUGAUGUUAUUGUGGGAGCAUCUCUAAGAGCCUUCUUGUACUGAAUGCCACUGGUCCAUCAAGCUUAGUACUGCCUACACUGGCUGGCAGCUGUCGCUCUCCCAAGGUUUCAGGAAGGACGUAUCUCCCAGACUUUCAGGAACUGAAGUCGGGACCUUCUGCAUGCAAAGCCGGUUUUCUGUUUCCAUGACGAGUGGCAUGUUUUUGAAAUCAUACCUUAAAUCAAAAUCCGUGUUUGUGUGUUCUUGAUGGACUGGUCUGAGCCAAAGGAUCCAGACUGAGCUGGGAGGAUGUUCCCCAUCUAUCGAUGGCGGAAUAUUGAGUCCUGAAGUUCUUUCAGGAGGACUUGGCUGGGAGGGACCUAGCCAACCAGGGUUUGCGAGAUAACCUCGGGUUAGGCGUCCCUUGCUGCCUGGGCCUCAGUGUUGUAGCGGGUUGGACUAGAUGACCCUCUGGGUCCCUUCCAACUCUAAAAAAGUCAACGAUUCUCUGGCCUUCUCUCUUUGUCGCGGGCCCUCCAACUGCAGUCAUGGUGUGCAGCCUCCUUUGCUGAUUCUGAACUUCCUCUCAUCCUCUCAGGAUACAGGCUUGUAAAAAAGGCUGGGUGUUCUCCAUGCUAAAAAUAUUUCCGAAAUUAUUUGCCCAGGCAACCCAAAUCCUUGCACUAAGAAAGGCUGGAUCUGUGACCCCGCGUGAGUCACACACACCAAGCAACUUCACGUGGUUGGUGAUUUUUUUUGCUCAAUUCCUUCUGCUACGAAACUCUCUUUCUGGUUGGCUCAGUCCGUAGAGCCUCUGAAUCACUGGGUUGUGGGUUCGAACCCCAAGUAGGGAGAAAAGAUUCCUGCAGUCCUACUGGGUAGGACUAGAUGAGCCUUUGAGGGCUUCCCAGCCCUGUAAUUCUUUGUCGUCUGAGUUUAUGCCAGGCACUGCCGGAAUAUUGUAAAAGUCUACCUUCAAACCCCUAAGGGUUAGAAAUCUGCUCUUUUUAUUCCUGACCUCUCCCACUUAAAAGAAAGGAAGGAAAGGAAAGUGGAAGAAUGUAAGAGCCCUGCUGGAUCAGAUUAAAUAUUUCUCCAGUCCAGUAUCAACGGGUGUCAAUGGGGAAGGGAACUGAAGGCAACAGAGGUAGACUGCCCCUAAACUUGGAGUUCCAUUUAGACAUUAGGGCUAACAGCCAUUGUUAGGUCUCCUUCCCUGCCCCCAAUAAUAAUAAUAAAUAAAUAAAUAAAUAAAUAAAUAAAUAAACAAUAAAUUUUAUUUAUACCCUGCCCUCCCUGGCUAGAACCGGGCUCAGGUUGGCUAACACCAGUAAAAUUGCAGUAAAAACAUAAUAGGGGGGAAACCAAUUUAAAAUACAGGUUAAAAUGCAAUUUAAAAUGCAGCCUCAUUUUAAAAGUAGCCCAUAGAUCAAAACCAUAACGGGAGGGAAACAUAAGGGUCAGACUGAGUCCAAACCAAAGGCCUGGUGGAACAGCUCUGUCUUGCAGGUCCUGCGGAAAGAUGUCAAGUCCCGCAGGGCCCUGGUCUCUUGUGACAGAGCGUUCCACCAAGUCGGGGCCAGUACUGAAAAGGCCCUGGCCCUAGUUGAGACCAAUCUAACCACCUUGUGACCUGGGACCUCCAAAAUGUUGUCAUUUGUGGACCUUAAGGUCCUCCGUGGGACAUACCAGGAGAGGCGGUCCCGUAGGUACGUGGGUCCUAGGAUGCAUAGGGCUUUAAAGGUCAAAACCAGCACCUUAAACCUGACCCUGUACUCCACCGGGAGCUCGUGCAGUUGGUAAAGCAAUGAAUUUGUCUAAUCUGACUUAAGAGCCAUUUAAACCAGCAGCCAAUUGCAAUACUGCAAAUACAGAAAUUCUGUCCAGUUUGCAGGACGGUGAAUUCCAUUUAUUUACGUACAGGUGAUUGCAAUUCCAUCCCACCUUUUUUCCUCUAGGGAGCUCAAGGUGCCAAGCAUAGUUCUCCCUCUGCUUAUUCCCACAACAACCUUGUGAGGGAGGCUAGGCUGAGAAGGAGGGACUGGUCCCCAAGUGCACCCCGAUGACCUCCAUGGCUGAGUGGCAGGAUUUGAACCCUGGUCUCUCCCAGGUCCUAGUCUGACACUCUAACCACUACACAACACUGCCCCUAUACACCCACCACCACCUUCUAGUUGCUGGGGGGCGGCGGAUUGGCACAUAAUCCACUUUAACCAAGACCGUAGACUUGAGAGACAGCCUGUUUCUGUUUUCCCUUUGGUCCUAAAAGCCCCCACCCCAACCCCAACCCCAAAAUCUAGGCCUCAGCUUCACAUGUCCUCAAAAUGCUGCUUAUUGUUUUUUGGGGGGGGGGCUGGGCGGAGGAGAGCGUUGAUCCUUGCCCGCCACCCGACUUCACCUCUUGUAAUUAAUUCCGAUAGCGUGCUAAAAUGCAUUUGAUACGAGCCUUUGAGAAGGUGCGCAGAUCGAUGCCCCUGGAGAGCGAAAGUCUGUGUUUAUUGAUGUGUGUGAAAGAGAGCGCGGGGGGGGCACUUUCAGCCGUGGCCUCCGCUGCUCCUGGGGCGGAAGCUCACACACACACACACACCCCUCCAAGACAGGUUGCCAGAUCCCUGCAGGCACGCACAAGCUUUUCGCUUUAAAUUUUAAUCCAACGUUAAAAUUGUUCCAUCCGUUUACUUAAUGCACUAGCUCUUAGCAGAUUCCCCCCCCCCCGGCGUUAAGUUUGGAGCAUCACUGCCGGUCAGUGUGGGUAAUGCUGACCCUGAUGGACCCACAGCCUUGACUCUGCAGAAAGUGGAGUCUUAGGUUCUUGGUCAAACCGGCUGCUCAUUCACAAGCCGUUCUGGCUUGCCAGUUAAUGACCGAUGGUAACAAUGACCAUGAGGACUAGAAUCUUACUUUAUUUUUUUUUAUGGAUGUAGCUCUGUAGUCCUGGGUUCAAUCCCCAAAGACAUCUCCAGAUUGGGCUAGAUGGACCGAUAGUGUCUGGUUCAGCUUCCGAUGUCCCGUUUACAGAUCUGGAAAGAGCGCGGAUGAGUUGGGGAAAUCUCUGUGAAUUUGUCUACUCCAAAGCCAUCCAAGUUGGUGACCAUUGCUGCCUCUUGUGGCAGGGAGUUCCGCAGUUUCAACUGUGUGAAGAAGUCCUUUUUAUCUGUCCUGAAUCUUCCAACUUUCAGCUUCACUGGAUAUCCCUGAAUUCCACUGUUAGGCGAGAGGGUGGAAAACUUUUCUCUAUCUACUACCUCCAUGAUACACAUGAUUUUAUAAACUUCUAUCAUUUUGCCUCUUACUCGCCGAUUCUCUAAACUAAGAACGACCAAACUCCGCAACAUUUUGUCAUAGGGAAGUCUCUCCAUCCCCUUUUCUGAACCUUUUCCAGCUCUUCAGUACCCUUUCUGAGGUGAGACGGCCGGAACGGCGUACAAUAUUCCAAAUUCGGCCGCACCACCGAUCGGUAUCGCUGCAUUACGAUAUUGGCAAUUUCCAUUCCCUUCCUCGUGACCCCAGGCAUGGUAAACCUUUCCCAAGGACUCUCUCCCCUCUGCUUCCCAACGAACUGCUCCGAUCGCCAGCUCACGGGCAUAGAUUUUUGCGCUGCGAUAGCCCAGCCGAGCUGCCCAUGUGCUCACAGAGGCGCGCAUGACAUGCCCUUCCCCUUCCCCCAAAUUGAUUUGUGAGAGUUGAGCAUGAGCUGUGUUAGGUCAACCUGACGUGAGCGGCAAUCGAUAUCGCCGUCCCCUCCGUUCUGCAAUGGAGAAAAUUGCAUUUAUUUGCGGCUCCCUAGUUGGAAUGAACAUGGCGCUCCAUUAAGCUGCCUCUGCCCUUGCUGUUUUUUUUCCUCCCAAAUCCCUGUGGUUUUGGAGGGUGUUGUGAGCAGUGCGAUGGUGCACUCGUUCCCUCGUGGUGCGGACACACUUGUUUGGGGACGCCUCCCACUAGUCAGACGGGCCUUGCUAGCUUUACGAACGCUACCAGAGGUUAGUAGAGUUUGGGAUUUUUUUAGUUUAGAGAAAAGGCAAAUAAGAGCCAACAUGUUUGUAAAAUUCUGCCUGGCAUGGAGGAAGCAGACAGAGAAGUGUUUUCCCCGCUCUCUCUCUCUCUUUCGUUACACUAGAACUUGUCGAAAUCUAAGGAAGCGGAAUGUUGCGAGAUUCAGGGUGGAUUUCUUCCUGCAGCGCAGAAUUAAACUUUGGAACUACUUGCCGCAGCAGGCAGUGACGGACGUCAACCUAGAAGGCUUUAACAGAGGAUUAGACUGAUUCAUGGAGAAGUGAGCUGCUAACUUGGCAUUAGACUGAGAUCUGGCUGGUAGGCUGUUGUUGUUUUCCCCCCCAUGCGCAGCGAAUGUGUCCGUUUGGAAAUGGAUCGCAGGAAGGAAAGGGGAGCCUGACCGCCGGGUUCAAGCCCAACAUGGGUCCACGCUCUUCUGUGCCGGGGUUUAAUUCCCUUUUUGGCUAAUCUCUUCUCUGGGGACAAAAAGCUUUAGGAGCGAAGGCGGUGGUUUUAUUUCACGUGUCGCAAAUCCUGCGUUGGCUGCGGGUCUCAAGCGGCUUAAAGCGAGCUGUCCUGCCUUGAACACAGCAGAUUCUGGCCCGGUUAAAAAUAGACGGCGCUCAUCCUCCCCCCGCCCCUUGACUUUUUGUUCCUGGCCGCUUCCAAAAUGAACCAGAUAAUAGCGCAGCGAUGUUGGUUUUCCUCCUGCUAAACUGUAGGCGUGCUCAUCCCCUCCUCAAAGCUGACUUUCGCAGAUGGAUUUAAGAUAUCCGUGUCAUUUUUAAUUUCAUAUUUUGCUUUUGUGGCUUUUCGGGCACCCCGCCCCACGAUAUUUUCGAGUGCUGGACGGUUUAAAACAAGGAAGUAUCUUCCAUAUGUACACGUCCAUAGGAAUGCAGUAAACCUGCAUCUUAGGUGCGGUUCACAUACAGCAGUCAAGUCCAAAGUCCGUUUAAUCAAUUUAAUCCAGCACCCUCGUGGCAGUAUACAGUGGUACCUCGGGUUAAGAACUUAAUUCGUUCCGGAGGUCCGUUCUUAAACUGAAACUGUUCUUAACCUGAGGUACCACUUUAGCUAAUGGGGCCUGCUGCUGCCGCCGUGCGAUUUCUGUUCUCAUCCCGAAGCAAAGUUCUUAACCCGAGGUACUAUUUCUGGGUUAGUGGAGUCUGUAACCUGAAGCGUAUGUAACCUGAAGCAUAUGUAACCUGAAGCGUAUGUAACCUGAAGCGUAUGUAACCUGAAGCAUAUGUAACCUGAAGUGUAUGUAACCCGAGGUACCACUGUAUGUCCUGGGGUAAAAUCCUAAAAAUAACUCAACAACUUUGGGGUAAAAUUGUAAAAAAAUCUCAACCUCAAUCCUAAAAACCUUGGUUGGCCCUCACACAUGUUCACUUCAUCAAAUCUGGCCCUCUUUGAAAAAAGUUUGGGCACCCCACCAACAGAGUUUCAACCGUACGUUGUGAAGGCGAGCUGGCGGGGAUCAGAGGCGAGUGGAAGCCACAAAAAAGAGCUCUCAAGUUCUCGCAGGAAGUCAGGUUGCGAAGGUUGGCGAAGCUGCAGGGGAUGCCACAAAUGUGAUUUAGAAUGGGGCGCAAAAGGCAGGGGCGCCAAAUUUUGGUAUCGCACCAGGCGCUGCUGAAAUUUGAGACCUGCAAGGUCCGCCACUGCCUACCGCACCCCUGGCAAAAGGUGAGCCACUCAGAGGAUGCCCCAGGGGGGACUUGGCCAGAAAGACCAAAACUUGGAAGCAAGACCAAUAGCUUAAAAGCUCUUUUUGCACUGGGUCUGCUUUGAGUUUCUAGCUUCCUCUCACAUCUGAGCCUACUGCUCACUGGCUCCCUUAUCGCUGGCUAACCGUGGGGCAACUCCAAAGGAAAUUUUGGCUAUACCUGGAUGUUGCUUCUGUGUGUAACCUUUGGGACCAAACCCAAGUUGCCUGUGAAUGCGCUUUCUCUCCUGCAACUUCCAUUCGUUCCAUUGGGAAGUCUCCGGUAAAUGAAUCCCUUGUUCUGGUUGGUGGAGUGUCAUUUGCAGUCAGUACCCCAAACACUACUAUUACUAUUAUUAUUAGUAGUAGUAAGGUAAAGGUAAAGGGACCCCUGACCAUUAGGUCCAGUCGUGGCCGACUCUGGGGUUGUGGCGCUCAUCUCGCUUUAUUGGCCGAGGGAGCCGGCGUACAGCUUCCGGGUCAUGUGCCCAGCAUGACUAACCGCUUCUGGUGAACCAGAGCAGCGCACGGAAACGCCGUUUACCUUCCUGCCGGAGCGGUACCUAUUUAUCUACUUGCACUUUGACGUGCUUUCGAACUGCUAGGUGGGCAGGAGCUGGGACCGAGCAACGGGAGCUCACCCUGUCGCGGGGAUUCAAACCGCUGACCUUCUGAUUGGCAAAUCCUAGGCCCUGUGGUUUAGCCCACAGCGCCACCCGCUUCCCGGGUAUUAUUGUUAUUAGUAGUCAUUUGCGCUUUUAAGUGCAGCUGCACACAUGGUUAACUUAUGGGAUUUGCCGCCAAGAGAGGCAUUGCCAAAGGUGGUAGUGCGUUCACCAUAUGGCUUCUAAAUAACCAGAAAAUGCUUUUCCACCUGUAAAACCUGAAAACUUUAUUUAUUUAUUUUAAGGAAAUGUUUGUCCACCUUGCCUGGCGGUUGUACUUUUUGCAAUGACAGUGUUCCCUGCAGAAAUCUGCAGGUGUGGCUUCCCCAGCUAUGGAGAUAAACGUAAUGCUUUCCAAUUAAUAAAAAAUAAUAAUAAUUUUUUAUUUAUACCCUGCCCUUCCCGGUUUAAAAACCGGGCUCAGGGCAGCUAACAGCAUACAUAAAACAUUGAUUAAAAUGUGACUUAAAAACAGCAUAAACCGCAUAGAAUGCAACAUAAAAUGCAGCAUAAAUAUCAAUAAAAUUCAAAAAUUCAGGGGUCAUUUUUUUGGGGGGGGGGACCCCAGUCAGUAGACAUCGAACAAUCACCAGGACUAACUGGCCAAGUUGGUCCUACUAGGGCCAGCAAGGAGACCAGGGAAGAAUUUAAAUGUGGAGCCCCAGAAAGGGUUUCUUUAUAGAAGAGGAAAGGGAAUAGAGGAUCAGGCUAAUUCAAAUUGAAGGCCAGGUGGAAUAGCUCUGUCUUACAGGCCCUGCGGGAGGAGAUCAAGUCCUGCAGGGCCCUAGUCUCGUAGGACAGAGCAUUCCACCAGGUCGGACCUGUCACUGAAAAGACCCUGGCCCUUGUGGAGGAUAGUCUGGCAUUGACACAACUGCAGUGGGAAGCUGAAAAGCUGGCAACCCUUUUUGGCUGGGAUCCCACCUAGCGAGCAGAGAGGGCCAUGAGCAGAUGGAGGAGUCGCCCUGCCUCUUCAUUUCCAGGGUGCAAUCCUCUUACACCCGCCAUCCAAACGGGUGCAGUCAAUUGCUGAACUGCAGUGGGGACCAGGAGCCUUAGCCUCCCUGUGGGAACUACAGUUCCCAGAAUGCUUUGUGGCUAGGGAAGUCAGAAGGCAGUGAUUCCCACUCUAAUCUGCUUUCGUCGCAAUCAACGCUGUUUUCAUUCUGCUGCAUCUUGGUUUCCACCAAAUGCUAACUUAUUCUUCUUCCUGUCUUCCUAUGCAACGCAAUCGACUUGAUUAUUUAUGCACGUUACAAAUGCCAUUUACGCAAGUUACUGACGUCAUGACUCAUGAAUGCUGGAUGCAAUUUAAAUGUGAGGUGGCAGCAACCAUAAUCAAUUACGUAUUGUCUGCGGACUGAAAGCAGCAGCAGCAAAUGCCAAUCAAUAUUUGCUGGGUUGAUUCUCAUCACGUAGACAGGACAAAUAAGUCAACAUUGGCCAUUUUGCUUCUGUCAGAAUCCUCCAAUGUCUGAUUUCGUUGUGUUAAGAGGAUUUUGGAUUUGAUAUCCCGCUUUAUCACUACCUGAAGGAGUCUCAAAGUGGCUAACAAUCUCCUUUUCCCUUCCUCCCCCACAACAAACACUCUGUGAGGUGAGUGGGGCUGAGAGACUUCAGAGAAGUGUGACUGGCCCAAGGUCACCCAGCAGCUGCAUGUGGAGGAGCGGGGAAUCAGACCCAGUUCACCAGAUUACGAGUCUACCGCUAUUAACCACUACACCAAGCUGGCUCCAUAAGCCAGGAUAGUUAAAACAGUUGAGGGUUUGUAGUGUAUAGAGACAGAACCAGCAAUCAAUCGCAAAUGAAAGACUCUCACUGAACUUGUGUCCCUCUGUGUAUGUGUUUGUUAUUCCCUGCCUGCAGGUAAAAGACGAGAAAAACAUUCAGGAAGUGUUUGACUUGAACGAUUACGAGAAAUGCGAAGAGCUCAGGAAAUCAAAAAGCAGAAGCAAAAAGAACUACAGCAAGUUCUCGCUCGCCCACUCCAAGGAGCCUGGGAACACAGUAGGUCUUCCCUAUCGCCCCCACCCAGAGGGAUUCCUGGCUCCUGGUUAAACUAUGGAACUCCCUGCUGCAGGAUGUGGCAGGAAAAGGAUGGUCCUUCCAGCAUCCUUGGACUCCAGCUCCCAUCAGCCCCCAGCCAAGGUGGCCAAUGGUCCAUCAUCAGCCAGUCUCUUUAUUACAGUCAGCGGCCAGUAUUUUAAAAUCUGUAAGCUAGUACCAGACAAAACAAGACAGAGAGCCAUAACAAUACGAUGACUAAAUAACUGAAGCAUACUAUAGAAUGCCAGGCGCAGAAAAUAAAGCCGUAAGUUCGUUAAAAUUAAUCCCCAAUGAGUUUUACUUGCUGCAGCGCAGUAUUUAGCUCCCAGCUUAGAAGAGAUGGAUGCAUCCCCGAUCGGAGAGGAGUUUUAAGAAGCAUAAAAUUCACCUGAUCGCCUGGGGAGUUUCUGUAAAAAGGAGUUUCCAAUAAAAAUCCGGCGUGAAUCACAAUGAAAGAGCAACGCAUAAGAAUAGUUGCUUCUACCUCUCCAGAUUUGCUAGGGAGUUUGUGUUGACAAUGGGAGAUUAUGAUUUUUUUUUGCAGCUUCACUUCCUGUAGGCAUAAGGUAACCCAUCCAGCAAGGUUAAAGGAGCCAGACCAGCUGGGAUGGCCAGUGGUCAGCAGUUAGGAGAACUGGAUUCCAGUGACACCUUGAGGCUUUGCAGACUCCCCAGUCCUGGGAUAGUAAAUGCACCCUAGGAAACCAGGAUUUCGUCAUUGAUCAAAAGCUAUAGAGCCACGAGUGAAGAAUGGGUCUUCUUGGCUUGUAUCUCCUUUAAUGGGAGACAAGGAAGGGAUGUAAUAAAGCAAGGUUUAAGUGAUCCUCUCUCAGACACCAUGGUUUUGCAUUACUAUUUAUUUUAGUUUGAGAAUGCAUGCCCUGCUCAGCCAAAAAGGCUCCAGGAAAGGCUUAGCUACAAUUUUAAAAAAAUGACAACCUGACAGUCCUUGCCUGAACAGGUUUAUAAAGUAAACAAGAAUGGCACACAAGGGGAAACGAACAAGGAGGGAAGAGGAAAAAUCAAAACUCAGGCACAGAUUUCCAAACAGUUGUCCUGAUGGAAAAGGCCUUCUGCUACCCAUCUCUCCUGAUGGGAUGGCUACCCCCAGGUGACAGGUGAGGGGAAAGGAGGCCUGAGGGAACGGGCUUGCCGUAGCAGAGCUAAUGGAGGGAGCUCUGCUUUCCAGUACUAGGCUGUCACCUGGGUGCUUCAAAAAACCAACCGAGUUGUAAGCGGGUUUUGUAUUUCCAUGCACUGUAAGGGAUUCUCUCUUCCACUAAGAAGCUGUUAGGCGCUGGUGCAUCUGAUGUAGACGGACGCCACCUUCCUUUGCCCCAGGAUGGGUUUGUUGAUGGCGUGACAUUCACAGCUGAUGCGCGUUCCUUCUCUCCUAGGCACCUAACCUUGUCUUCCUGGCUGUGAGUCCUGAAGAAAAGGAGUCCUGGAUCAACGCUCUCAACUCUGCGAUAACUCGGGCCAAGAACCGCAUCUUGGACGAGGCAAGUAACCUUUGGGGAAUGAGGUGUUCAUGGGCAGAAGGCAUCUUCUGGGUAGGACUGUUGUUGUUGUUUAGCCGUUUAUACGUGUCCGACUUUUCGUGACCCCCUGGACCAGAGCACGCCAGGCACUUCUGCCUUCCACUGCCUCCUGCAGUUUGGUCAAACUCAUGCUGGUAGCUUCGAGAAUAGUAUCCAACCAUCUUGUCCUCUGUUGUCCCCUUCACCUUGUGCCCUCCAUCUUUCCCAACAUCAGGGUCUUUUCCAGGGAGUCUUCUCUUCUCAUGAGGUGGCCAAAGUAUUGGAGCCUCAGCUUCACAAUCUGUCCUUCCAGUGAGCACUCAGGGCUGAUUUCCUUAAGAAUGGAGAGGUUUGAUCUUCUUGCAGUCCAUGGGAUUCUCAAGAGUCUCCUCCAGCACCAUAAUUCAAAAGCAUCCAUUCUUUGGCGAUCAGCCUUCUUUAUGGUCCAGCUCUCACUUCCAUACAUCACUACUGGGAAAUCCAUAGCUUUUACUAUACGGACCUUUGUUGGCAAGGUGAUGUCUCUACUUUUCUUUUUAUUACUUUUUUGGGUAGGACUAGACAGCCAAUACUCUGACCUGGGGCAAGGCAUGUUCCUAUUUAAACUGGCCCUUUGGUUCAGAAUCAUGAGGACUAGAGUCUUUAUUUUUAAACAGAGGACCAUAGCUCAGCGGCAGAGAACCUGUUAUGUGUGUAAGAGAUCCCAGGUUUGAUCCUUGAUGGAAUCUCCACCUAGGGUUCAGAAUGUCCCCCGUUUACGAAACCCUGGAGGGCUGCUGCCAGUCAGUGUUGACUAUACUGAGCCAGGUGGACCCCAAUCGCCUGACUCUGCAUAAGGCAGAGUCUGUUCCUACGAUGUGGGUCUUGCGCCCCCGCAACCUGUUAAAGGGGUUGCCCUUUGAAAGUUGCCUUGGAGUUGUUUUUAUGAGCAAAGCAAUUAGUAGAUUAAUAAUCUAUUGGUUUCUUGGCUCAUAAAAUUAUCUACCAUAUUUUUGCGUCUAUAAGACGCCCCCAUGUAUAAGACACCCCCUAUUUUGGAGGACUCAGAUUUAAGAAAAUGGGGGGAGAUGUAUCUGUGUAUAAGAGGCCCCCUAAUUUAAUGACAUUAUUUUUUAGGGAAAAAACCUAGUUAAACACAGAAAAAUACAGUACUUAAUUGUUCCUCCUCCCAGGAACAAUGAGAAAUGGACAUCGUUUGUAUUUAUUCAUUCAUUCAUUCAUUCAUUCAGAGCAUUUGUACCCUUCUUUUCAGCCCCCCCCCAAGGCCCCCAGAGUGGCUUAAUGUACAGUCAAAACAAGAGAGUUCCUUCCCGCACAAUCUGAAAGCAAACAAAACCACAGCAUGCAAGGGAAAAUGGACUGGGAGGGAAGAGGAAAACAUUGCGCUUAUGGCAAGCUAAACAAAGGGGCCUCUGCCAGGUUGUAGUCUCCCACAGCGAAGCUUUUGAGACCCCCCCUCCCCACUGCCUCCAAGAUCCCUUUUGUUUCUCCACUGGUUGCUCCCCUUUCCCUUUCCAGCCAUCCUCCCACCCACUGUAACGUGAGCUUAUAUAAAGAGCUGCCUCUGCUCGGAGUUUUAAACAGUGCGAUUGAAUUAAGGAACCCCUUUAAAGAAAAAAAUAGGAAGGAAGAAAGAAGAACCGAGACUACAGUCUGCUGUCUCCGAUAUCGCCGGGGCCAUCUGUCUCUCUUUUUUGAUCGCUCUGCCUUUGUGGGCUCGUGACUCAUUCUGCAUCUGCAGAGAGGGCAGAAUCGAGAGUGCUGCUUCCUCGCUGCUAAAUUUAGGGGAAGGCCGAGGGGCGGCCACGGUGAGAAUUUAUCGCUUUUAUUUAAAGGCUGGGGUUGCGGUUCCGCCUUUUGAUCCGUAAUCAUCCCCGGGGUCGGAGGCAGAGAUGCUUCUGAAUGCCGGUUGCUGUGACACCCAGGAUGGAGAGAGUGUUACUCUUGUGCUCAGAUCCCACUCACUGGUUUCCAGUUGGGACACCUGGUCAGCCACUGGGAGGAUAGGAUGCUGGACUAAGUAGGCUCCCUUUGGCCUGAAUCAGGAGCAGCAAGACCAAAGAAGAGAUUUAUCCACAUGCUGCAUAGUUAAACUUGGUGACAAUGGCCACCUCCUUCCCUACAGACCCUCUUGGGUGCUGAGAUGGGCAGAGGGCACCCUCUUGGUUGUUGCAGAGGCUCAGGGGAUGGGGGCCUUCCCUGUGGUGCCCCCUAAGCUGUGGAACAUCCUCCCUGCAGAGAUGUGCCCACCACCUUCAUUGUACACCUUCCAGAGGAUGCUAAAGAUGUACCUCUUUGCUCAGGCUUUUGGCACUCGGGGUGCAUGAUUUUUUAAAACCCACCUUAUUUUUUGAUUGUUAUUUUAAACUGAUUUUAACAUUACGUUUUAAUUGCUGUAACCCACCCUCGGACCUUAGGGUGAAGAGCGGCUAAUUCUUAUCGUUGUCCUUAAAUCUAUUACCUCCAGCCCUUGGAAUUUGCUCUGGGGUUGGCUGAGGUUGGGAACCUUAGGCCUGGGGGCCAAAUGUAGCCUUGCAAAUUCUCCUCCCAGGCAGAGGUGUAACCAAGGUCUCUGGUGCCCCAAUCAAAGAGCUGUAUCGCCGCCUCCCCUCGCUGGAAAAUCACUUUACUGCAAUAGCCACAUUAGAAAUUACUACAUUUCACGCGACCCAAUUGCUUGAAACGUCUGGAGUAAGGGCAGGGAGGAAGGGCAGAAAAAACUGUACGUCUUUGUGCCCCAGUGCGAGAAGAAUGGGAAGCUUCUCCUGUGUUUGAUCUCAGGGCGACAGCAGCAGUAAUCUCCCCAAACAAAUACAUCAUAUGCUCCAUAGUCUGAUAGGUGGCUUUUGAGCCCCUGGUGGGAACUGGUUUCACCAACUCCUAGGUACACCUCUGUGCCCAGGCCACACCCCUCGCCAGCUGUUUUGCACCCCCACUGAAUGCUUUUUCCUGUCCUUGAUCCCUGGUCAUGCUGUCUGCUUGCCUAAUAAUAAUAAUAAUAAUAAUAAUAUUUAUACCCUGCCCUCCCCAGCAAAGACAGGGCUCAGGGCAGCUAACACCAGGUAUAAAACAAUUGAUUAAAAUAAAACUUAAAAACAAGAUUAAAAUACAACAUCAAAAUGCAGCCUCAUUUCAGUAGAAACUCAAAUUAAAAACUUUUUGGGGAUGAAAACAUCAAAUCUUCACCAAGGCCAACUAUCCAGACUGGUCCUACGUGGGCCAGAAAAAAAGCCAAGGAAGUCCCCAAAUAGGAGUUCCAUCACAGAAGGAGAAAGGAAAAAGGAUAGAGGGGGAGGGGAUCAAGUUGAUUCCAAGCCAAAGGCCAGGCGGAACAACUCUGUGUUAUAGACCCUGCAGAAAGAAAUCAGAUCCUGCAGGACCCUGGUCUCAUGAGACAGAGCGUUCCACUGGAGCCAGUGUUGAAAAGGCCCUGGCUAUGGAUGGAUGACAGAGGGGUGUUUGUGUGUAGCAACUAGCCCACUGUAGAAAAGAAAAAUGUUACAUUCCCUUGUCUGUCCGGUUUCCUCACUGGCCUUGUCUACCUCCAGAAUGUGGUCCCUCAAGACAGCUGCCUGGAAGGGAAAUGGCCCUUGCUAGGGAAUGUGCUGUGCUAGGGUGACAGAGCGCUUGAAUCCACUUUGGAUGCGCCGACUGACAUUCCAGAAUGGGCUCCAAUCCGGGAAAAUUCUGACUGCCUGGAGGCGGCCAUUGGCCCAACAGGUUUAGCAGAAUGAUGCUCAGCUUUGACCAAAGUUCGCUUGCACCUUCAUGCCUGGAAUGUUGGCCGGCAACACACUUCUGAGCAGCGCCUGUCUCUCCAGAAGAUUUGCAGCCCUGCAAAUUCUGGAGCCUCUGCCAGGCAGCAGUCGAGCCGUUUUCGACCCCGAAAGAGAUUCCAGCUAAUUGUUGCGGGUAAUGAAUACGCUGCAGAGUUCCAGGCUAAGCUGAUGGAUCAGCCCCUUGCAGGGAGCCAAAACGAGAGGGCUAAAUUAUUCACCGCGAUCCACCGCGCUGGCCUGUCGUCGUGACUAACUGACGGUGGGUGUGCUUGUGUUGCAUUUCAGGUGACCGUGGAGGAGGAGAGCUACCUUGCCCACCCGACUCGCGACAGGGCCAAGAUCCAGCACUCUAGGCGGCCGCCGACCAGGGGGCAUUUGAUGGCUGUGGUACGUUAAGGCGGAUUUCCUGCUUCCGUUAACUGCGCACACUCAGAACUGGACACGGGAAAUAUAUAUGUGCAGUACAAUCUCAUCUUAUGCAGGGGUUCGGUUCCAAGGGUUCGAUGCACACACAAAAAGGCAGAUUUUCAAACCGCCCCGUGUGAGCAUAUCUAGACUCCAGGAACUAGCACAUUGUGCAGGUCUCGCUCCCCAAGCAAGGCAGAGAGCUCAAAAGCUUCCCGCAAAACGCAGCAUGGAAAAAGCUUUCAAGCUCUCUGCCUCAUUUGCCCACUCGGCACACUGGCUCCAGGUUACAGAUGCUCAUGCAAGAUCUCACAGGAACUCAGAUGGCCCCAUGUGAUCUCAUGAGAGCAUCUCGGAGCCCGCGCGCUGAGUGGGGCUUGCCCAAGCAAGGCAGAGACCUCAAACAGGCUUUUCACGCCAUGAAAACCCGGCGCAAAAAGAGCUUUCAAGCUCUCUGUGUCGCUUGCUUUUAACUUGCAGAAUUUGAACCAGCCGGACUUCAACCACUUAUGUCUGAAACUGAGCAAAUUAAGUGCACAUCAGAUGACAAUUGCUGGAAAUCACGGGAGACGUGGUUGUGUUCAGGCCCUGGUUGCAGGUUUCCCAUUGAGGCAUCUGGUUGGCCACUGUGAAAACAGGAUGCUGGACUAGAUGGGCCACUGGCCUGAUCCAGCAACAGGCUCUGCUUAUGUUUGUAUUUGAUCCCUGGUUUUUUUGUGUGUGUGUGUGUGUCAGAUGGCAUAAGCAUGCAUGUUUUGUUUUGUUUUGUUUAUACACAUGCAAAAGUUGAUUGAUUCAUUGGGCAUAGGAAGUAGCAACUAUAGACCAGAGCCAAAUUCUUCAUUUCUGUCCUUGGUAUUGGGUUACCUGGCACAAAAAGAGCAUUGAAGCUCUGUGCCUUGCUGCAGAGGGGUUAUUUUGGCAUGCCAGCUCUAGAAGACAUGGGGUGGUUUGUGUCCAUGUGCUUUUGUGUUUACCUGCCAUCCCAGGAACGUGACCCCUGCGUAAGAUGCGACCGCACUGUUGUAUCAGUGGGUUGAUUUGUGAUGCCUCCAAAAUAAUUCUCAAAAAACGUAGCCUUUAUCUCUCUCUCUCUUCCUGCCCCACGACCUCUGUAGGCAUCUACCUCAACGUCUGACGGAAUGUUGACCCUCGAUUUGAUCCAGGAGGAGGACGCUUCCCCGGAAGACCACGGCACCUGCGAGGAGAGCUUCCGGGUGGACCUGGACAAAUCGGUGGCCCACCUCUCGGCCGGGCGGCGGCGUUCGGAUUCCGAGAACGUGAAGCCCGCGGAGAAAAGCCGGACGAACAGCCUCCCGAGGCGGGAGGUGGCAUCUUGGGACAAGUUCUCUCAGCGCACCGACUCCUUUGAGAAGGGUACCAUGUACACCCCUCAGGUUCCGAAGAAGCUCUCCCACCUGGAGAAAAACAAAUGUGCCUCCAUGGAGGAGAUCCUGUCGUGCCGGGACUCUUCCUCGGCGCACCGGGCGGUGCUGCGGAAAGGGCUGGAGGAGCAGCUGGCUUCGGCCGGGCCAGAGCAGCUGGGCCGGAUCCAGGAACUUGUUGCGUUGAAACUUGAAAAGACCCAGGAACUGCUGGCGGAGGUGAGGGGCUACGCCGAGGGGAAACGGAAGGCCAAGGACCCCGCUUCUGCCGCCACCACCACCACCACCGCCUCCUCUCCCUCCUCCUCCUCGUCUUCUUCCAAGUUGGACUCGAAGGCCAUCUUGCAGGAGACGGAGCGGCUGCUUGGGGAGGCCUCGUCCAACUGGAGCCAGGCGCAGAAAGUGCUGCAGGAGGUUCAGGAACUGAGGGGCCUGUACAAGCAGCUCGAACUGCAGCUCUCAGACCCCAAAUCCAAACAGAACGCGCAAUCCCAGUACAGGAAAAGUAUGAUGUGAACGGAGGCCCGUUUUGGGCCCUCUUAGGCGGGAAGGACAGGGUGUUAGGGCGGCUAGGAAGAGGGUCAAAAGGGUUGGUAUGUACCUUUUUAUUACCACUAUUAUUAUUUACAGUGUUUGAUGCUGACGAGGUGCCUGUUCUCAUCCAAUCCUAAUUUCUCACCAGUUUGAUUUGCUGCCCUUCUUUUGCCCCCUAUCACCCCCUCCCUUUCCCCUUCUCCAGCCCCAGACAAACACAUUCCAAUAAAUCAGUUUGUAUCCAUGC